CAAGAGAAAUGAUCGCUGCAACUUUGUCUGUGAUAAGCCCAGGACAAGAAAGAGACUCUGGGAGUCGCUACGAAAAGAACCUCUACAUAAUAAUGAAGUGGACUGCAGUGACGACGUACCACACCGUAGGUAUUUUGAUGCUAAGUCCGACCCGAUUGAAGUGUUGAUAGAGGCUCAUAACCAGGCACAGUCAUGGCAAACAAAGAGGCAAAUCUUAUCACUAUUUGCAAGCGAUUUUAGCAAAUCCGAGUGGCAAAGGAUGAUACCUUCAUUAUUAAAGUGGCGAAUUGACCAAGCACGUGAUCACGCAAUUAAAUCGGGGAAGGGACAGCCUGUUCAGGAUAAACCACUUUUUCGCUCAAGGAUUAACUCAGCGAAAGUCGAUCACUUUUUAGAUUUUAUUUCUCGUCCAGAACUGUUGCAAGACGUGGCCUUUGGAACCAAGACAUUGCGACUGGACUCUGGUGAACGCAUUGUUAUUCCAGCUGCUGUAAGAACAUUGAUUCCUUCUCGAAUCAUUGAACAAUACGCUGCCUACUGCAAACAGCAAGAAUUUGAAUCGGCAUCUGAACGAUCUUUGUAUAGAAUGCUUGACGUUUGUUCUGCCUCUAUGCAAAAAUCAUUACAGGGCCUCGAUAACAUAACCGCAGAAGGAACACAAAGCAUUGACAGUUUAGUCAAAAUCGUUGAAAACUUGGUAGAAAAUGCAGCAGAUGAAACGUGGGGAAAACGUAUUCAGCACAAGAUCAAGGAAGUGAAGAGAUAUUUUAAAACAGACUUCAAGGCACACAUUGGCAAAGAAGAAAACUGCGCAGACCAUUGUAUCACGCAUUCUCUCAGCGAUCCGAAAGCAGAGAACUACACAAGUACCUGUAAUCACAAUCAUAACAUCAAUUGUGAAAGAUGUGAAUCCCUCGAACUUGUCUUACAGGAUAUAAAAUACGAACUUGACCUCACAGAAAUGGACGACGAGCAAAGGAGCAGAGUAGAAUUCGAUUUGAAGCAGUGUGAGACCUCAAUCUAUGCCCGGAAAGCACAUCUGUUGCGCACUAUUACACAGGACGAAGCAAAGCAAGAGACUCUAAAUAAACUGGACCAAGAAACUUGCUUAAUUAUAUGUGAUUGGGCAAUGAAAUUCCUGCCUUUAAAAUAUCGAGAGAAUAUGAGCGAAUUCUUUGGAAAACGCGGACUUAGUUGGCAUGCCAGUGCAGUAGUUACUAUGAAUGCUGGUAACUACGAAGUUGAGUGCUUCGUGCAUAUUUUCAAUUCCUGUACUCAAAACAACUGUACAAUUGCAUCCAUCUUUGAACACCUUUUCCGCUCAAUCAAAGCAGAGUAUCCACUCAUCAAUAUAGCGUAUAUACGAUCAGAUAAUGCAGGAUGUUACCACAAUGGCCCAUUGCUGCUGUGCCUCCCAGAGAUUGGCAAAACAACUGGUAUAACUGUUGCUCGCUACGACUUCCCCGAACCCCAAUCAGGUAAGGACAUCUGCGACCGAAAAAUCGCUCCGAUGAAGGCUCAUAUCCGAAGAUUUGUCAAUGAAAAUCACGAUGUUGUCUCAGCAGAGGACAUGAAAGUGGCGUUAGAAUCUCAUGGAGGAUUGAAAGGAUGUAGAGCUGCAGUAGUUGAAGUCGACUCAUCACAAGAUCUCUAUGAAGGCAAUAAAAUACCAGACAUAUGUCUACCCUAUAAUUUUCAGUACGAAACUGUAGUGGCAUUCGAGUAUGGAAAGCCUACGAAAUUGGAAAAGGCAAACUACUAACCUACAAAGAUCAUUAAUUUCAACCGCAGAAUGUUGCAAGUUUGAAAGUUGUUAAAUCAUUUGGACCUCGUCAAAAAGAACGUGGCGCCAUUGGCAAAGCGUCUAAAACUGCACAGGCAGAAAUCUUUUCCUGUAGCGAGUCCACUUGCAUCUUAACAUUUAGGUCAGAACGAGAAGCACAAGCGCACAUGGAUACUGGCAAGCAUGUCCGAGAAUUAGAGUCUGUUUCUCUGUACGAUGAAAUCCGAAGAAAAUGGGCCGAAAGAGUAACUGGGAUUAGCACAGUUGCUAUAAACCAACACCUAGUGUUUUCACGCAAGUUGAGGCUGGGGAAUCCAGAGUGUCUGAUGGUGUUCGCAGCAUGGGGUGGGACCUGAAAACAACCAAAAAGAGGCCGCGAUUUGGAGAAAAAGUUAAAGGAUACUUGAUUGAGAAGUUUCAAGCCGGAGAAACCAGUGGUAAUAAAGCCGAUCCUCAAACAGUCUCCAGGGAGAUGAAAUUCAAGAAUGAUGAAAAUGGAAAGCUAUUCUUCCAGCCUGACGAAUGGAAAACGGCUCAACAGAUCAAGAGCUUUUUCUCAAGGUACAGUGCAACCCUGCGUCGGCAACAAAUCGGUGUUGUAGGAGUGGAAGAGGAAACAGAGCAAGAGUUGACGGAAGAAGAUAUGGAGGCUUGGGAAACAGAGACAACACUGCAAGAUUUGCGGGACGCUAUUUACAGCGAAAUGAGACAGGAACAUCCCAUCCAGGUUGGCAAAAUAAACAUUUGCGACCUUUCACUUGCUGGUAAAUUACAAAAUCUGAAAAUUGUACAGCUGAAAACUGUCUCCAGUGAGUUAGGACUCAACAUCCAAGGAUCACAAGCUAAAAAGAAAUUCUUUCUUGAGCCUCUAGAAGAAUUUGCGAAGAGCUGUAAAUGUAGAAAAUAAAUUGGAACAGUCCUGAAAGAAGACAGUCCAACUGGAAAUUUAAAUGUCAAAUCACAUUUAUACACAUUUUUUCAUUAUUUACUAAGCCAUAAGAGUCAUAACUGCUAACAUCAAAUAUUUUGAAUCCACUUGUACUUGUACAUGUCAAUUGUUGCAUGAUAAAAAUGUUUUUCCAGGAACUUUG